GAAGAGGAGGGACCCGGAUAUCUGGGCCCGGUUUCCCAAACGCAUCUUAAGGCAUCCAAUGGUUCUAACGAUGAAUUUAGCCAUAAGAUGGUUUUGAGAAACCGUUCCCUGAUUAACACUAGAGAGAGUGGGACUAUCGUGGAUCGUCUGGGGAUCCUCAACAACAUCAUGAUGCUGAAGAGGCAGAGAAGAGUCCAAUCCAGAUCAGAACACCUCAAGAAACACCUGCAGAGACCCACAGGGAGGAGAACUCACUGCCGCUCUGACUGUGGGAAGAGAUUCACCUCAUCAGGCAUUACAAUUCAUCAGAGAACACACACAGGAGAGAAAUCGUAUGGCUGUGGGCAAUGUGAGAAGAGUUUUAGUCGAUUUGGCCAUCUGACUAUACACCAGAGAACACACACAGGAGAGAAACCUUAUAGAUGUGCUCAAUGUGGGAGGAGUUUUACUACAUCAAGCAAUCUGACUCAACACCAGAGAUCACACACAGGAGAGAAACCACAUAGCUGUGAUCAAUGUGGGAAGAGUUUUGGUGCAUCUUAUGAUCUGACAGUGCAUCAGAGAACACACACAGGGGAGAAAUCUUAUAGCUGUGGUCAAUGUGGGAAGAGUAUUGGUCAAUCUGGAGAGCUGACAGUACACCAGAGAAAACACACAGGAGAGAAACCUUAUAGCUGUGGUCAAUGUGGAGAGCUGAAAGUACACCAGAGAACACACACAGGAGAGAAACCUUAUAGCUGUGAUAAAUGUGGGAAGGGUUUUACUAUAUCUGGCAAUCUGACUCAACACCAAAGAACACACACAGGAGAGAAAUCUUAUAUCUGUGGUAAAUGUGGGAAAAGUUUUGGUCAAUCUGGCCAGCUGACUCAACACCAGAGAACACACAGGAGAGAAAUCUCAUAGCUGUGACCAGAGAUAAUCUGAUAAAAGAUCUCUGAUCAAAUAUUAGAAAAUACAUACAUGAAGGAGUUGUUUCAUGAUAUCAAUGAAAUAAUGUC